UGUUUCUCCUUCGAUAAUUUUCUUUUUCUUCAUCAUCUAUUCAAUCUUCCUCUCAAUCUACAGUUUAACUAUCUUUUCAUUCAUUUAGUUCUGUGAACUACUGCGUUCUUUGCUAUAAUAUUAUCUAAACUUUCAUUAAAUACAUCCUUCACAUUAGGCCGGUCCAAUCUUUUAGUUUUUAAACAGUCAACUUUUAUACUACUUUUCUUCAAAUCCAAUACCUAUCACAUCGAUAUCAAACCCAAUCAAAUCAACAUGUUUUCAAAGACCAUCCUCAGUUCUUUGCUAGUUGCUUUGGCCGAAGCUCGUUUCGGUCAAGAACAAGGAAAUGGCGCAAUUGCUGCCAUUACAGCUCUCAGUGAUUUCGGAGCCUCAGGUGCAGCCGCAAGCCUCGGAGGGGGCUCUAUUCAAUUCCUCCUCGCGGCUGCCAACCCCUGCGGAAAACUCACCCAAGCCGACGCCAUCGUCGCACAGCUUGGCAACGACCCCGCUGUGAUUUCCGCAGCGCGCGGUCUCGUAGCUGCCGAACAAAAUUUUAACCCUUUUGUCGUUUCCGUUCCAAAUAUCUGUUCUGACCCAACUUUGCCUACUACUGCUGCUCUUCGCGGUGUCGUUCCUUUGAUCGAUCCAGCUGUAGGAGGAAGCACAACAGAAAAUGCAAAUAGUGCAACGAGUACCACAACGCCAUUUGCAGCAGAUGGUCUUAGUGUUGCGGAUGUAAUGGUUGCACAGGGAUUCUCAAAUUUUACAACUACCGAUGCCGCGGGAAAUAAGGGAACUCCAUCUGGAUCUUCCGCUGCGGGUGGAAGUGUGUCGACUUCGAAUUCCACUGCUAGUGCUGCUUCUUCGGGUAUUUCGAGUUUGGCUGUGGCUGCUGUCGCUGCGGUUUCUUCAAGUGGGGUUGCUUGUGGAGGUACUACUCUCGUCACUGUCACUAUGGCCGCUACGUCCGCCGCUGUGGCAGCUGCCACUUCCGCUGCCUCCUCUUCUGUCGCCUUAACCAACUCCACUUCUUCAAGCUCCCAAGCCUCCUCCAUCGCCGGUCUUGACUUUGGUCUCUGCGUCCCCACCAUCAAAUUCGAAGCCGGUCUCGACGGUCGCAAAGACACCGAAUUCACAUUCCAAGCCAUCGAUCCCUUAGUCAACAAAGGCCAGCAAGAAGCACUUAAUCCUAAUAUCAUCACCAAUCGCAUCUGCGAUCAGUUGGCGAAUGUGUGUAAUGCGAAUGAGGCGGCGAAGACUGCGUGUGCGGAUGCGAAGACGAAAAUUAGCGCGUUGGGCACAAAGGAUGUGACGACGGCAAAUGCCUGGAAUACGGCGUUGGGCUUUGAGGGCGCGAAUACAAAUCCGGAUAAUGCUCCUCAGGCGGGUUUGGUGGGUCAUACUUAAGGGGUUCUUGGAGGUGGGAUUGGGGAUGGGGUGGGAUAGGAGAUGAUUGGAUUUGGAUUGAGGGGAUUUUAUGAGAUGGGGUGAGAUGAGAAACUCAGAUGGGUAUGAGAAUGAAUAUUUGUGUAAUUACACGGAGUUGAUAUACGAUCAUGUCUACAUAUCUAUGCAUUUCUUACCUACAAAACACGUCAUGGCUAAAGUCGUUUUGUUUCCAUUUUGUGUAAUAGGUGACCAGCUUCGUUCUAUCUCUUGAGUUUCUCGAUCAAGUGGCCGUUUCUUAUGUAAGGAGAUUUGUUUGUGGUAUUGUUUG